AUGGAAUGGUCGAGCGAUUCAGACGACGAGUCCGGAAUGAGCGGCUUCGGGCCUAUUGGAGUGGGGGGGGCGGGCAGCAGCAUUAGCAAGGACGGUGUAGCACCAACAGGGGACGGGAACAGCGACUUGGAUGGAGUGAGACUGUUGCCGUCGUUCCUGCGAGGAGUUAGCGAGGAGAGUAGACGGACGAUUGAGGGUCUUAUGGCGGCGAAGCCGUGCGGGCUGAUAGUGUCAGACGCUUUAGAACCCGACCAUCCUAUCAUCUAUGUGAAUAGUGUGUUCGAGCGUUUGACGGGCUACACAGCGGAGGAUAUUCUUGGACGGAAUUGUCGUUUCCUUCAGUAUCGCGGAGCAUUCGCGCAGCGACCGCACUCUCUCGUGAAUCCCGCCACCGUCGCGCGGUUACGCCAGUGCAUCGCAGAAGGCCGCGAAUUUUGCGGGGAGAUCCUCAAUUUUCGCAAGGACGGCAGCGCCAUCAUGAAUACCCUCUGCGUCGCGCCGAUUCGCGGAAGCGACACCAGCGCAGUUACCCAUUUCGUCGGAGUGCAGUCUUUCGCGGAAACCAACGUCGAGCUCGGCCCGUUGCCAGGCCCGCCGCACAAGGAGCCGCAUCAUCUGCCUAUAGACAUCGCGUCUCUCGCCAUGUCGUGCCGGCGGUUCCGCCAGCUUGCGGUCAGCCAGGACGUGUGGCAGCGCGCGUGCCAGCACGUGUGGGGUGUGGAGGCGACGGCGGCGGUGCAGGCGCAGGCGACGGUGGGGUGGAAGACGGAAGAGGAGGAGGCGGCGGAGGAGGUGGUGCGGCGAGGGCGGUACGCGUGGCACGGGAAGAGUAAGGUUGUGUUUGAGGGGGCUGUUGCCGCCACGUGGCGCAAGGUGACCGUUAAGGGGUCGGUGGAGCCAUCCCGGUGCAACUUCAGCGCGUGUGCGGUGGGCAGCAAGGUGGUGCUAUUCGGCGGGGAGGGCGCAAACAUGCAACCCCUUAACGACACCUUCGUUCUCGACCUCGCAUCCGACAUGCCCGAGUGGCGGCACGUCCCCGUCGCGGGCUCCGCGCCGCCCGGCCGCUGGGGGCACACGCUGUCGUGCGUGAACGGGUCCGGGCUGGUGGUGUUCGGCGGGUGCGGGCGCGAGGGGUUGCUGAACGACGCGUUUUUAUUGGACUUGGACGACAAGCAACCCAAGUGGCGCGAGGUCGUUGUGGGGGAGGAUGCCGGGAGCAGCAGCAGCGGUGCUGGCGCUGAGGAUGGGGGGAAUGGCGGGGCUGGCACGGCUGGCAGGGGGAGCGCCGGGGGGAAUGGUGACCUGGGGGAUGGGUUGGUUUUGAGAAACGGUGGGGACGCGCGGACAGCCGCGGAAGUAGCAGAAGAUGGAGAGGGAGUUCUCGUCGUUUCCGGCGGCUGUACCGCCUCCGGCCGCCUGCUCUCCGACACGUUCCUUCUAGACCUCGCGCACAACCCGCCGUCGUGGAAGGAGAUCCGCGUGGCGUGGGCGCCGCCCGCGCGCCUGGGGCACACGCUCUCCGCGCUGGGCGGGCGCAAGGUGCUCAUGUUCGGGGGGCUCGCCACCAGCGGCGCGCUGCGCCUGCGGUCGAACGACGCGUUCACCAUCGAUCUUGCCGACGAGCAUCCCAACUGGCAGACUGUUUCCCCCGACGCGCCGCUCCCGGGGGGAGGCGGCGGCGCCAAUGGCAGCGGGGCAGGGGGCGGAGGGGGCACCGGCGGAACGCCAGGGGGAGCGUCGCCCCCGCCGAGGCUGGACCACGUGGCGUUUGCGCUGCCUGGGGGCCGGGUUCUGGUAUUCGGGGGGUCUAUUGCGGGGGUGAGCCCUACCCCCUCGCAGGUAUACCUGCUAGACCCGGGGGAAGAGAAACCGAGGUGGCGGGAGCUGGCGUUUCCGGGGCAGCAGCCGCGGAUAGCGUGGGGGCACAGCACGUGCGUGGUGGGGGGGACUAAGGCGGUGGUGCUGGGCGGGCAGACGGGCAAGGAGUGGGUGCUGAACGAACUGCACGAGCUCUCGCUGCUCAGUGCUGCUGCCAUGACGCCCCCCGCGCGUGGUGUAAGGGACGAGGAUGGCGGGGAGGCUGGGGGGGAUGCGAGGCAGGAGGGGAAUGCGGAGAGUGGUGAUGCAGGGGGGAUGCGGCGACUGGAUGGUAGCAGCGGGGAGGGGAGGGCAGGAGAAGGCGCGCGUGUGAAGGAAGGGGCGGGGGAGGAGGGUGUGGUGGUGGCACAGGGGCAUGUGGCGUCGGCGUCCAACCCAGGAUAG